AGCUACCAGACAAGCAUACCAGCAGUCAUUAUUCAGGAUAUUUUGGUAUUCUAGAAGAUACAGGUUCUCAGAGACGAUCUAUCCUCCCACCCGUCAUGAAUGAAGACUCUGAAGUAUGGACACCUGGAGGUAUGAAAUUCCUGCAAGAAAAGUUGAUGUCAAUGGCAAAGGCACAGGAGGACUUGUUGUGUCAGCAAAACAUCGAGCUGACAAACUUUCUCUACGAACAUUUCGAGCUCAGGUCUAGCACAAAUCUAGUUACAAGCUCAAAGUUUGAUUUGAACGGCAAAGAGCUUGGGCUGAGUGAAGAAGGCCCCAAGGCCGCCGAGUUGGACCCCGAGGGCGACCCUGAGGGCCCCAAGCUGGCCAACGUGGCAUUUGUCCGACCAUCGUCCAUCGAGACCGAAGCAGAGCUCGAGUGCUCCUCUCAGAGUAUUGAGCCUAUUUUGGAGACAAAGCAGGAGGACAACUCCAGCCAGCAGAGUCCAGCCAGCUCCAAGGAGAGGAGAAACUCCGUCAUGGAAGAGCUGGCAUCAAUGGAAGAGAAGGUGACAGGUGCAGUUGUGGACUAUGGCCGAAAGCUCUUGCAGUCCGAUAAUUUUUCCUUCAAGUCGCUCGAUUUGGUUGUUGGCGUUCUGAUCGCAAUCAACACGAUUGUGAUGAUGAUCCGAAAUGAAUAUAUGGGUUAUGAAGUUGGUGUAGCUCUCGGUGCGAUGAAUCAUAACCCUCUGUCAGAGUUGGAUUGGACCCUUGAUGCCUUGGAGAGAGGCUUUGCCAUUCUCUUUCUCAUUGAGCUCGUUGUACGAGUUGCAAUACAACGCUGCAGCUACUUCAGGUCAUGUUGGAAUUGGUUUGAUGUGGUCCUUGUCCUGGUGAGCAUGUUUGAUCUCUUUCUGCUUGACUUGCUGCGUGUGGACGUCAAGAUCAAUGUGAACGUCACCAUGAUGCGGCUGGCCCGGACCGUGAAGUUGGCGAGGGCAUUUCGCAUUAUGAGAACCUUGAGGCUCUUUGAAGGCUUGCGUGUGUUGGUGCACUCAGUCUCAGCCUUUCUUCCAUCUCUGAUGUGGGCCAUGAUCUUCCUGGGGCUUUUUAUCAUUACUGGUGGCAUUUUGUUGGGUGGCCUCCUGCAAAGCUUCCUCGUUGACACCAGUGAAGACUUUGAUAGAAGGUACUGGGUCUGGAGACACUAUGGGACAGCAAGCAGAGCCAUUUAUACCAUGUUUGAGAUCACCUUUGCUGGGUCUUGGCCCCUAUAUGCAAGACCUGUGAUUGAAGAGGUUGGCGUGGGCUACUGUAUAUUCUUUGUUGCGUACAUCGUCUUCGUGGUAUUUGCUGUGAUUCGUGUAAUCAGCGCCAUUUUCCUCAAGGAAACUCUGGAUGCUGCGCAAAAUGAUGCCCAGUUAGUCGUGCGGGAGAAGGCGAAGGCGAGCCAAGAGUACGUGAAGCGUCUCAACAAAGUGUUCCAGACUAUGGAUCUUUCGCAAGAUGGUGUUGUCACCAAAGAAGAGUUCCUGCAACUGUGCCAAGAUCCGACUAUCAGGAGCUAUAUGACGUCCUUGGAUGUGGAUGUAAAUGAUGGCUCGCAUUUAUUUAAGCUCCUAGAUGAUGGUGAUGGGAAUUUAACCUAUGAAGAGUUCAUUGCUGGGAUGAUGCGCUUCAAAGGAUCUGCCAAAGCCAUUGACGUCAUCUACCUGCAGCGAGAAGUCGAAUGGAUACAACAGGAGCUGCUGCGGCUCACUGACAAGCUGAUUGGGCCCAAUCUCAACGACAAGAGAGUUCGGAGGAGAUCGGGCCGCAUCAAUACCCAAAAAGAGCAUCAGAUUCAUGACGAGAAGCAGGUCUUUGAGCCACCUGUACCAGAGCCCGAACUGCCUCAUGAAUAUUUGACAAAUGCCAUGCGGUCCUGACAAAGGGAUUUGCCAGAGGAAACUGCACUUGGCUCGGUAUGCUUCUCACAUCGCGAAAUACGUGUAAUGAAACAUCUAAGAUGUUUCUGUUUUUCCCGCUUCAGAACAUUUCACAGAGGACUUGUGGGCUGGGCUGGAGGCCAGCCAACAGGCAACAUAACAAGUCCCAACUUGAUGAUUCCUCUAAUCAGAGCAUGAAUUGAUGUUGUGAUCACCAGCUUGACUACGAG